GUCAUCAGGUGAAUGUUCAUUUUGUGGGAAAGAGUUUGGGAGCCAACUUAAACUCGAAAGGCACACACUUAUCCACACAGGAGAAAAACCUUUUGAUUGUGUCUAUUGUGGGAGGAAGUUUAAUCAGAGUUCGUCUCUGAAGAAUCAUUUACGUACUCACACCGGUGAGAGGCCGUUCAAUUGCGGCUUUUGUGAACGAACGUUUGCCAAAGCUGCAAAUCGCAAUGAUCACGUGAGGACACACACUGGGGAGCGCCCCUAUCAUUGCAAGAAGUGCCCUAAAUCAUUUGCAACCUGGGCAGCCCUGUCGAGGCAUGAAAAAGAACAUUCUUCCUGUUACACUUGUCAAUAUUGUAAAAGAAGAUUUAGAAGGAAUGAUAAUCUAAAGGCUCAUAUCUCCAACAUCCACAAGAGGAAAAGGGAAGAACACA